GGCCGUGGGAGCGCCUGAGGGGCAGGAGCCUAGUGUUUUUAGCCUUCGAAGGACCAUGGUGUUUCCACGUCAUCGUGUUGUGGCGCUCCCGGCUAUGGCAGUACCGUAGUUUUCCUCUCUUCUGCCUGCGGUGACCGUUGGGCAGUGGGGUGCCCCGAGGCCUCCCUGGCCCCCUCACGCCGGCAGAAUGGCCUCAGCCCGAGGGGCCAAGCAGUCUUCUCCCCGGGUGGGGACCACUCGCUACACAGAGACGUCCACGGUCCGCGUGGAGACCUCGUCCCACCGCGUGGAGACGUCGUCCCGGCGGGUGGAGACCUCCCAGCGCCGCAGCGAGGGGCCCUCCCUCUCCCCCUCGGGGAAGCGGCUCCCUGGCAUCCUCGAGGCGUCCUCCCGGCACGUGGAAUCCUCCUCGCAGCGCACGGAAACGACCUCCCGCCACAUCAGGGCCUCGUCCCUGAGGGUGGAGACGUCUCUGCACUGCGCGGAGAGCCCAGCCCCGCGGGCCAAGCCGGCCGCCCGCCAGAACGAAAAAUAGGCCGAUGAGAUGCUGCUUCCCAAAGGCCACCAAGGGGCCAGGGCCCUCAGCCAGGACAGAAAGGCUUCCAGUUGCCAGCCAGCCAGCUGCCAGGUGGACCAAUCAUUUUCGGUUUCACGGAAACAAACCAUAAAUCAAUGUAAGAAACAGCCAAGCCGCAGUUUCUGAACACAGCCAACGUUUAUUGACCAUCCUGCGUCUUGGACCAGCCUACUUUUGACCCAGUGAACUAUUUUCACUUGAAGCCAGCACAAAAGAUUUUCAUGCCCAGGAUGCUGUCGAAAUCGGGUUGAUGGACAAAGAGGCUGUUUGAGCCUCUGAGCCAGUGAUUAAGUUUCGCAAAAGCUAUGUGCUGAGUCCGUUAAGAAAAAAACUUAGGAUGCAAACUGAACAAGAGACUCCAAAGAGCCUAAAAGAUGAUGGAGCAUAUGCAUAUGUAAGAAGCACAAGUAGCAGAAUGAUACACAAGUCUGGCGACGAUAUUUCAAACGUAUGCAAGCUCCUGUGAGAAGCAGAAAACCAGCCAAGGACACGCUUUAAGACACAAGGAGAACAUGCUUUAAGACACAAGUCCUCUCCCUUAGUCUCGCCCAUGCUGGGAAGCUGGUGGGGUCGUGUUUGAAUAGCAAAGAUGUGCGAACAAACCAAAUUAGCAAAACUGCAGAGUACCUUAGCUUUUCCAGAUGCUACAAGAGCCUUCUCUCCUCCGUGUCCAAAUACUAACCCUGCUGAGAGUGCGGCCCGGAAGGAGGCCCCGGGGAAGCGGAAGAAGGGUCUGUGCCAAGGAGAGUUCUGUCUUCGAAGACUCCAGGCUCAGAGUGCUACUCACCUGUCUCCAUGGCGAUGGCAGCGGCCAUAACAAGCAAAGACACCGAAUCGGCACCUGCCCAACAGAGGAAAAGCCUGGAGGGGCGUGAGAAGUUCCGGAAACCACGGCUUCCUCUUCGGGUCCCGGAGCAUCCAGGAGUAAGGGGACGGUGGCUCCGGCCAGGCCCGCUCAGCCCGCGCUGGCUCCGGAAUGGCGAGGGGGCGGUGCCGGGCUGUGGGAGCGCCUGUGGGGCAGGAGUCCAGGGAGGCAGAGACUUUAACCCUCAAAAGGAAUAAGUCCCAGAGCCUGGCACAAAGAAGACAAGUGUGCAAAGCUGGUGGAAUGAAUUCGGUGGCCUAAAUGUACCUUCCUCAAACGCCACGGCUGACUGGGUCUCCUCGCCCACUUCACCCUCUCUUGCAAUCCAGCUUGUGAGGCGUGUGUGUCUAUCUGUGUGACCGCGCUUGCCUUUAGAUGGAGGCUGGCUUCCCAGCCAUCGGGGCUUGCAUACACGUGCAUAAGUCCUACCCCUACCUCGCCUGCCUGCUGUACCAGGCGUUGGUUCCUUCUUCCUGCGUGUUUUCUGUCCAAAUCCUUUUCUGAUUUGGACAGAAAACACGCAGGUGGCACACAGUAAGCGCUUAAUAAAUUUUCCGGCUACCUGAA